AUGGCCCCCGAGGCACCUGAUCCUCAGAGCCUGAAGUCAUGGCAUGAUGCCUUUCAGUAUCCGAUUCCCACGGUUCGCCGUGUGGAACAGGAGUUGCGCCGGGACAUUGCGAGCAAUAAGGAGAAGCUCCGAGCUCUCGUGGGAAUGAGAUACCGCGAUUUGGUGGGAACUGCCGAGACAAUUGUGGCUAUGAACCGCGAUAUCCAGGACGUGGAAACCGUUCUCGCCGAUGUUGGACGCCGAUGCAACCCCCGACUGGUGGAAAGGAAGCAUGUCCAUGGUAGACAAAUUAAGUGUGGUGAUGUGGAGAAGGACGCAGAUAAACAUGCCUUCGGCGCUCAGCUUGCGCUCCUACAUAGGUGUACCACAUCUAUCACCAGACUUUUACGACGCCGUGCAUCUCUUCUGCUAAUCUCCAAGAUUCUCGUUGUCUCCCGACUACUACAUAAGACAUUAUCGCAACACGAAUCAGUUCCUCCAUUCCUUGAUGAUCUGCGGAAUCAACUGGCAUCCCUGCGGCGAACGCUUCUCAAACGAAUUGAAAAGCGCCUUGCUUCCACCGGGGCAACGGAAGAUAAUAUCAUCGAGUCGUUGGCGGCGUAUUGUCUCGCAACUAGCUCUUCUUCCGAUGAUGCGAUCCACCAUUUCCAUCAAGUGCGUCUGGAUGUCAUUGCAAGCCAGUUCGAUCUGUCUCGUGAGAAUAUCCCAAAGGCCCUUCAACUAUUCGUCCGGACACUGCAGGCAUCGAAGGUCCUGCGACACCGUCAGUUCUCAGACGUGCUUUCGAAACUCAAGGCUCGACCGAUUCUCGCAGACCCGGAGAUUCGCAGUCUAGAUGGACUGGAAGUUGAAGUUCUGGGUCGAUGGGUGGCUCCAGAUGUCAAAAACUUCACUCCUUGGAUCAAGUUGAGUGAGCUAAAUAGGACUGAUGGAGUUGACUCGAUUAAAGAUUGGUCACUUCAGGCGUUCGAGAAAUUCGCUGAAGGCUGCGAGAAAGACCUGGCUCACAGCAACGACUUCUCUGAGCUUCUCUCCCUGCGUACGGCAACUAUUGAAUUAUGGCUCUCGUCUUGGGGUUCAACCAUCAUCCAUGGAUCACUUGAUGUGUUGGAGAGGCUGCGAAAGAUCUUCAAUGACCAGCUAUCACGGAUCCUAAAGGUACAAGCACUGAGUUUGGAAGAGGUCGGAGGCCGGGCUUGUUCCAUUGUCUUGGACUGGGAAAAAAAAGAGCAUGAAUCUGUUGGUUCUCUGUGGGAUGGUGAUCUCAUUGUCGCAGAGUACUCAAAUGGCGCACAGACAUUUAAACAAACUGUGGCAGACAGACUGCUUGGUCGGGAUGAAGACGUGUCGACUGUUCUCGUUACGUAUAAAGCGUGGCUCACAUCAAUCCAAGAAGUAAAUGAGUCUAUCGUCUCUCUGCGUCGCAUGCGGUGGACAGAUAUUCUCGUUGGUGGAGAGGUUGAGGACGAAGAUAUUGACAUUACGCCUCGACUCAACGAGGAUGACCCACGUCUUCUGUCUGAUGCUCUGCAUUCCGCAGUCCGGGAGUCAUUCAACAACCUACAAACAUCAUUUAGUAGCGCAUUCAAAUCAUUCGGCUCAUCGCAUUCGAGCGAAAAGGCUACUUUUCUGCUAAGGCUCAUUCGAUUGGUACGGCGUGAUAUCCCGGCCAGAUUUGUGGCAGCGGACUUUGUCUUCUCAAGUGAUAUUGUUCCGGAGUUGCAGAAGUUGCUUGCCUCAGAAGCUGUCGCCAAGGCCGGCUCCUUGAAGAUGUUGCCAUCUUCGAAGACGCAUCCACAAACAGGCAAAGCCAAGAUGGUACCAGGUCGGUCAUUAUGGGAAGGCAACCCAGCCGUACCAGUUCAGCCCUCUGCGUCGACUUUCAAGUUCCUGCGUCGUCUUACUUCAACGAUGGACACCUGCGGGUCAGAUCUGUGGGAUCCCUCAACGGUGCAAGCAUUGAAACAAGCCCUGAAGAAAGAACUAGAGACUGCUAUUGCAUCCUCUCUCGAUGAUCUCGAAAGCCCAGACUCCCCAAGCAAGGCCGAGACCAAUGAUGAAGAGCCUGCCACAAAAGGUGACAAGGAUCAAGAGAAGAAGCCCGUAGAAUACAAUGCCGAAAGCCAAGUCGAAGCCCUGCGGGACUGGAAGAUGCAGCUCUUCUUUGAUUCUCUAUAUCUGUCCAGGAUGCUCGGUGAGCAAUAUCAGCUGGCUGAUGUUGUCGCCCGUGCUCAGAAGAGUGCUGAUCCUAGCGCCGAAGCUGUGGAAACGAUUAGGCAAUCUGCAAACGAGUACUGGGCUCGGACAGAGCUGCUCUUUGGCUUGUUGGCGGAACAUUGA